AUGCAAAACGGCAGCCCCGAUGACCCAUCACUGCAAGAUGAACGCGUAACCCCUCUCACCGAACUAUCUCCGAUUGAACCGUCUGCUUUAGAACCACCACUCGAUUCCAGUCUCGAAGACAUUCCCCCUCCCGAGCUCCAACACGAUGGAGCUAGCGAGGUGGACGGACCACCAUCGAAGAAGCGACGGAUUACAGAUUCUACGCCUACGACGCCUUCGAAUCGCGCAAAACCGCGUCCACCUUCGCCACCUUGGAAGAAGAUUGGUGUUGAAGGACCGACUUCGUUCCUUGAUGAGGGACGGCGCCGUUCUUCGCGAACGAAUCUAGUUCCUACAGUCCUUCAACCACAAUCUGAAAAGCGACAGACUCGUGCGGCACACACUCCAUUGGGUAAUGAUGCUAAGCCGGCCACGUCAUCUCCGCUGGCUGUCACGCAGUUGCGUGUUGAUGUCAAUGGAAAGUCAGGUAGCAAGGCUACAAAUAGUUCACCCAGGGUGAGUAAUACCAAGAGCAUGCCUGUUAAACAACAACGGAUUUCCCAAUCACCAAAACCUCCUCAAUCGCACAAGAGACCUCGAAGCUCCGCUACAGCGAAUCGUCCUCGGUCCAGCCUGGCCGGUGCCAGCCCUCGUCAACUUCGUGACCGUCAAUCCAUUUCAACAUCAUCCCCCACGGCCGAUAAUUUCGAGAACACAAAUUCAAAUGCGGAGGUGCAUGUGGGUGAAUGCAAAGUGGUUGUUCAGCGACUCAAAAUUAAAGUCAAGAAGCCCGAUCUACCGAUUCGACAUCCUGGACACGUGUCCAGCAAAAGAUACUCGUCAUUCCGGGAAUGGAUAGAUAAAGAAGAUGCACCUGAAAUCAUCUCUUCCGAAGAGGCUCUCCGGGAGGCCCAGAGACGAAAUGAAGUCUUGAAUGCAGUGGAACCUGGCGGGCCCUUAAGCUCGGAAGUCUGCUCGGCCUACAUAGAGGAUGUUCAGGAAGAGCCAGAUCCACAGUACUCGCAUCAGGAUCAUCUGGUGGCCCACGCGCUAUACUUCUGUAAGCUUAUGGAGAAGGAGCACAAACGUCAUAGGCAGAUGGCCAAAUUGUGCGCACAGUGGUGUGCAGAGGCCCAUCGGAAACGCCAUAAGAACCCAGAGGACCUUCUUCGGGAGCAGCAGGAGGAAUUGCGCGGGAAGCGCAAGCAGCUGGCCAAGGAUCUCCAGAGGAUGUUCGACUCGGCACGUGCAGAAAUUGACAAGGUACGCCUUGCUCAAUGGGAGGAGGAACGGAAGGUGCAAGACCAGCAGGCUCUGGAUCGCGCAAUAAAAAAGUCGACACUGCUUUUUGAGAAGCGUCGAUCCGAGGUUCUUGGUGAAAUGCCUAGUGAUGCUCCAUCCUCGAGUGACGACGAUGGAGAGACAGACUACUCGUCGAACGCAUCCGACGGAAGCAAUAUGUCAACAUCUGAGUCCGACUCCGACGAAGAGGGCAAUGCAGAUGAUGAUGCUGCAUUAACUGCGGAGGAGCUUCGACUAAAAUACUCUAAUAUUCCCGAAGUUACACCUGACCAAGAUCAGAUGUCGGUCGUAACCACAUCAGUCUUCGAAAGCGAAGCUGAUUCCAUGGCAACGCCGGUGGAUGCUCCAUUAGAGGAUGGCAGCGACCAAUCAACGGACAUGGAGAGUGAUAUGGGUGAUGAGGAAGAUGAGGAAGAUGAGGACUCUGAUAAUGAAAGAAAUGGACUGCUCGCUUUCUUCUCGACAAAGAAAGCAAAUCGAGAGGCAGAAGAGGAUUCAACUGACGACGACGACUAUGAAUACAAAGCGCCAGCACUGGAAUUGCAGAGCGAAAAAGAAGACAAUGACAAUGAUGAGGACGAAGAACCCGACCGACUUUCUCUCUUCCCCGACGGUCUAUCCGUCCCUGGAACGUCGACUGAAGCCACACCUAUGGAAAUUGAAGAGGAAUCUGAAGCCGCCCAACUCACCCCUGGUGAUUCUGAAGAUAUCGAUAUGAUCGAUACUCCAAUGGGUGACGUGCCCUCUAUCGCUGACGGUUCAGCUUCAGCGGCACCGGGCAUAGAAAUUCGACCUACCGAGGACAUCUCUAGUGAGCCGUCCCCAGGAACCUUUGCGACCAAGCCAUCAGAGCCUGAGUCUGUCUCUUCAUUUGAACCUCCGGUGGAGAACGCCCUACAGACAAGUCAUUCACCUGGCCCCGGCCUGCAGACUCAAAUCCCACAUCUCCUACGUGGUACACUGCGAGAGUAUCAACAUUACGGAUUGGAUUGGCUUGCUGGCCUUUACAAAAAUCAUAUCAACGGUAUCCUGGCAGAUGAAAUGGGUCUUGGUAAGACCAUUCAGACUAUUGCUCUACUCGCCCACCUUGCCGUGGAUCAUGGUGUAUGGGGUCCUCAUUUGGUGGUUGUUCCCACCAGUGUCAUCCUCAACUGGGAAAUGGAAUUCAAAAAAUGGUGCCCUGGUUUCAAGAUUAUGACAUACUACGGUAAUCAGGAAGAGCGCAAGAUAAAACGAAAAGGCUGGACCGAUGAUAACUCAUGGAAUGUCCUGAUCACUUCUUACCAACUCGCCCUACAAGAUCAAAUUUCCCUCAAGCGUAGGAGCUGGCAUUACAUGGUUCUUGAUGAGGCUCAUAAUAUCAAAAACUUUCGCUCGCAGAGGUGGCAGGCUCUCCUCACCUUCCGCACUCGCGCCCGUCUUCUCCUGACCGGUACCCCUCUCCAGAACAACCUGACUGAGCUGUGGUCUCUACUCUUCUUUUUGAUGCCGACUGACGGCGAGGGGAACAAUGGUAUCGAAGGGUUCGCUGACCUGAGAGAUUUCUCUGAAUGGUUCCGGCGACCGGUAGAACAGAUCCUGGAGCAUGGAAGAGAGACAAUGGAUGACGAGGCCAAGAAGGUGGUUACCAAGCUACAUACCGUUCUGCGUCCCUAUAUUCUCCGUCGACUGAAGGCCGAUGUGGAGAAACAGAUGCCCGGAAAGUACGAGCAUGUGGUCUACUGUCGCCUGUCCAAGCGGCAGCGAUACCUCUACGAUGGCUUUAUGUCGAUGGCCCAGACUAAGGAGACUCUUGCUUCCGGCAACUUCCUCUCCAUUAUCCACUGUCUGAUGCAAUUACGCAAGGUCUGCAACCAUCCCGACCUGUUCGAAACCAGGCCGAUCUCCACCUCAUUUGCCAUGCCACGAUCGGUUGUGACAGAUUACAAUGUGAAGGAGAGUCUUGUGCGCCGUAGACUGCUUUUCGAUCAUCCCCUCGCCAAGGUCGAUCUAGAUUUCCUCAACCUAGCUCCCGUUUCACGAGAGGAUAUCUCCAAACGCUUGGCAGACGACAGCAUCCGGCUAAUGGCAUUUGGGCCCUUUAAGACUCUUCGUGAGCUUCAGUACAACCGAACCAACUGGAAAAUGACCUUUGACGGAUCUUCAAUGGAGACUAUCCUCACAUCUCUGGAGAAUGUGUGCCGAAAAAGAAGAAUGGCUGAACUGGAGCGGUGUCUGUACUUUGAGUCCAAGCGCCAUGGUCGCCGACCUGUGUAUGGUAGCAGCCUGUUCGAAUUCAUGAGAGCUGGUACUAGCAAGAUGCAUGCGCUCACAAACGCGCCGCUUCGAAAGAGAGACAUGGCCGAGUGGCUAAUGACCCGGUCCUCCGUUCUGGCAGCCAUCAUUCUCACCGUCGAGGAGCGUUCACUCGAGAUGGACGGAUUCGUCCAACGAUUUGCCUGCGUCACUCCAGCUGUCGUCGCCUCUGGCAUGACUGAGGCCGCAUUGACGCCAGUGGAAACACGGCUGCUGACAAACACGGCCAAGGAACAGCCCUACGACCCCUUCCAUGAGGCACGGAUGCGGCUCUCUAUUGCCUUUCCUGACAGACGUUUGUUACAGUAUGAUUGCGGCAAGCUUCAGCGGCUCGAUAAGCUUCUGCGGGACCUGAAGGCCGGCGGUCACCGGGCCCUAAUCUUCACGCAGAUGACCAAGAUGCUUGAUAUCCUGGAGCAGUUCCUCAACAUUCAUGGACACCGCUACCUCCGACUCGAUGGAACCACUAAGGUUGAGGCACGACAGAUGCUGACAGAGCGGUUCAACAGCGACCCCCGCAUUCUGGCAUUCAUCCUGUCUAGUCGUUCGGGUGGUCUAGGCAUCAAUUUGACUGGAGCGGACACUGUUAUUUUCUACGAUUUGGACUGGAAUCCGGCCAUGGAUAAACAGUGUCAGGACCGUUGCCACCGAAUCGGACAGACCCGUGAUGUACACAUCUACCGAUUUGUGUCAGAGUACACGAUUGAAUCCAACAUCCUGCGCAAAGCCAAUCAGAAACGGAUGCUUGAUGACGUGAUCAUCCAAGAGGGCGAGUUCACCACGGACUACUUUACGAAACUUGACACGCAGGAUCCUAUCGAGACAGACGAGCGGGAUGGAAAGGAUGAGGCCAGUGCAGCCAUGGACCGUGUCCUUGGCAACCGCGUGGGUGGCACACGCGGGUUCGAGCAGGCCGAGGAUAAGGAAGACAUUGAUGCGGCUAAGAAUGCGGAGAAGGAAUUACAGCACGCCGACGAUGGCGAUUUUGACGAUCGUACCUCUCAUGGAACCCCGGCCCAAAUUGGGACUCCGUUGGCUGCCGACGAUGGCUCACGGCCUGGACCUGGACCUGGACCUGGACCUAGAGAUAAUGCCGAGGCUCUGGGUGACAUUGACGACUACAUCCUCCGAUUCAUGUGGUGGAACAUGCGUGACGAGCCUGUGGUCCCGCCCAUGGAUAAGAGCAAGAAAAGGUCCAAGAAGGGCAAAGAGCAUAAUCUGAAACGGCGCCGCUGA